GUGUCAUUGACAGUCACACCGUCGAGCUUGCCUCUACCAGUUGGGCGACUGCGCAUGCGUCCCCUUCUUGCUGGGUUUUUGAAGCAGAGCGUAAAGGUUGACCGGUUCCAGAAUGAGCGACUGAUCGGUAAAUAGGCAUCUUUUCCAGGCAGAGAGCGUUUGACCCAGCACCAUGCUGCGUGUGUGUGUGAAAGGCGCGGCCCGGUGCCUUGGCCGGAGAGGCGCCCCCCCCCAUCCUCAGCAGUUUCGGUUCUACACAGCAGGGGACACCGGCAGUUCUGCCGGUAAGGCUAUCUCUGCAGGUUUGGUGAUGUUAGGGAGUGGAGUGGGAAGUACAAUCCUGUAUGCUAAAUGGGACCCAAAGUUCAGAACCAUGGUGGAGAAGAAUGUGCCGUAUUCUGACAGGCUGUUUGAUGUGGCCCUGGGGCCCAGUUCCUACACGGCUGUUGCCCCCACCAAAAAACAGAAGCUGGACUUGUUUCAGCCCCCGUCCAUGAUGAGUAAGGAGGAAUCUUCCCCGACCAAACUAGAAGGUGUGAAAGAGAAGGAAGAGACAACAGAAGGCUCUGUCCUCCAGACCAGCCCUGCUGCAGCCCCCACAGGACAGAGUAUGGAGGAAGCUUCAACAGAAGUGUCCCAUAUCAUCUCAGCCAUCACUGAGGUUCCUUCAGUACCUGCUCCUUGCGACACUGAAGCCUCAGCACCCAAAGGGGAGUGUACGGAAUGUCACAGCCAUGACACAGAUCACAUUACCGCCCCGCUGGCUGAUGAAACGGCAGAAACUGGGACCGUGUUAACGGCUGAAGCGGAGAAACCACUGGAGGAGCGCCCUGUAGAGGAAGUGGCAGCAAGACUGGCUGAACAAGACCAGGAAGAGCAGGAUGUGUUGGCAUCUAUCUCAGCCAGUCUGGAAGAUUCCCUGGGCAGUGCAGCCAAGUCAACCCUCCAGGCUAUCGGAGCUCAGGAAGCAGCCCUGCAGGCUAUUGCCCUGCACACGCAGAAGCUGAAGGAGGCAAUGGAUGCACAGACCCCGCCUGAAGAACAUACAGCUGAAUGGAAGGAUCUAGAGGCUGCUGUGGCUGAGAGGAAUCGCUCUGCAGAUGAUGCUGGAGCUGCUCUUCUGAAGGCCAAGGAAUCACUGGAUUCUCUGAGGUCGAAGAUUGACGAAGUUAAAGGUUCAAAGGUUACUGCCACCCGCCCAUUGGUUUUGGCAGUAGAAGAAAAUCUCCACAGCAUGGUGGUGGACCUUGACCAGGUGGUAACCAAGGUGCAGUCUGCAGAGUCGGAGGCGAAGAUCAUCUCCCAGUACAGUGAACUGGUGAAUGAGGCCAAACAGCAGUUCCAGAAGGAGUUAAGCAGCAUCACUCCAGACAUCCAGGCCAACUGGAGGGGACUCGCUGGUAAACUGUCAGCAGAUGAUCUCAAUGCCCUGAUCACCCAUGCCCACCGUCGUAUCGACCAGCUAAACCGAGAGCUGGCCGAGCAGAGGGUCCGAGAGCAGAUCCAUAUAGAGGCAGCUCUGGAACAACAAAAACAAGUGGAUCAUAAAGCACUGGAGAAGGCUGUGAACACAGCCCUGGUCCACAGCAAGGAGGAGGCAAGACUCCAGCAUGAGAGGAAGCUGUCCGAGGUAAGAGAAGUGAUGGAGGCAGAGAUGAGGACCCAGCUACGCAGGCAGGCAGCUGCUCACACUGACCACCUCCGAGACGUGCUCAAAGUUCAAGAACAGGAGCUGAAAGCUGAAUCUGAGGAGGUCCUGAGCAGUAAGAUGUUGGAGCAAGAGACCCACUACCGUCGGCUGAUGCAGGAAGAGCUGGACAACUUCACGCUAGACAUCAACACUGCCUACGUCAGACUGAAGGGGAUAGAGGAUGCCAUAGACAGUCACAUCGUAGCUGAGGAGGAGGCUCGUAAAGCCCAUCAAUUGUGGCUGUCUGUUGAGGCCCUGAACUACACGUUAAAGACCGCUGGUGCCAAUUCCCCAACUGAGCCUCUACAAAGUGCCGUCGUGGCCAUCAGAGAAAGCUGCCAUGAAAACGAAUUUGCCCAGGCUCUGGCCUCAGCUUUCCCUGAGGAAUCCUUGCAUCGUGGCAUUUACAGUGAGGAGUCCCUCCGCUCACGCUUCUACUUUCUACGAUCCCUGGCGCGGCGCGUUGCUCUUAUUGAUGAAUCCCACAAUUCCUUAUAUCAAUAUUUUCUGUCCUAUCUUCAAGCUGCACUCCUUUUUGAGGAGAAAGAGGAAGCACCACCUACCCAAUUUACCAGUAAGGAUUUAGACCCAUUUAAAAUUAUUUCAUAUGCAAGUUACUGCUUAGAACAGGGGGAUUUGGAGCUAGCCGCUAAACUACUCAACCAACUAAGAGGCGAGGCAAGGAAUGUGGUGCAAGGCUGGCUGACUGAAGCUAGGCUGACGCUGGAAACCAGACAACUUGUUAAUCUCCUGUCUGCUUACGCUAAUGCAGUUGGGCUAGGUACUACUCAAGCUCCAUAGGGUGGUUUUCCCAAGAAAACUCACCCUUGCCCUCCAUUCCCUAUAACCCCUAGCUCCACAGUCCAUUCUCUUUCCUGUUAACCCACACGACCUUAUCAGUUAUCCACACAUCUUCCUGUCCUCUCCUCCAGUGUACGAUCUCUCUUUCUCUGUAUAAAACAUCCCUCAAAGAUGCAUGCUUAUUUUAGCUCCUUCCUCUCUACCGGUCCCCAUCUCAUCCCUGCACAUACAUGAAGAUACGCUCAGCAUAGAAGCUCCUGAGUCCUACAGGCAAGGGCCGUAGGUAGUUUGGUCAUAUUAUUCUCUAGGUUAUACCAAAUCAAUGCCAUUUAUGUAGAAAUGUUUGUUUUGCAAAUGUAAAAAUACUGUCUACAGUGUCGCCCUGUUAGAAAGUCAGAAUUAAUCUCAACCACCACACGAAUAACCUGUUACUUGCCAACUGCCAUGGUGUAGGAUCCUGACACUGACAUAGCUUUCACUACUUCCUGCAAAUCUGUAGCUCUGCUCUUGAAUAAUGCUCAUUGCGUGACAUGACACAUUUGUAUGCCUAAUUGUUGUUUUCCUAUACUAAAUUCUGAGAUUCCCGUUUUCAAAUGUAGCGUAAAGGUAUCCACACUUCAUUUGUCUAAUUUAUGAUAUAUAUAUAAAUGAGAUGCUAAAGACACACCUUUAGUUUCAGAGCACUACACUAUUGUGGAAUGAGUGUUAAACCCAUUAGACGCUGUAAAAAGACCAUCACUCGGAUACAACCUGUCAUUUCUCCCAGACUUCAUCGUGUGUUUAUUUUUGGCAUUUAUCCAUUUAUUGGUGGUAGGUUUUGUGGAAAAUGGAACUGAUAAGUUGAAUGAUUGUGCAUUUUGUCAAGCUAAAUCUAAUUCACAUCAUUGCUGGAUCUAUAACAAUAAAUCAUGGGCAAGGA